AUGGAGGGGACUCGCCGGCGAUCGACCACCACCACCACCAAACCCAUUCAGAAAUUAAUUCACGACGACAGUCCAAUUGCCGCUAAACCAUCUGAUGCAUUGCCUCUCCCUUUAUACAUAACCAACGCUCUCUUCUUCACCGUAUUCUUUUCUGUUGUUUAUUUCUUGCUCACUCGUUGGCGUGAGAAGAUUCGCAAUUCCACCCCUCUUCAUGUUGUCACUUUCUCCGAAAUUGUGGCCAUUUUUGCUUUUGUUGCUUCUUUCAUCUAUAUGCUUGGUUUCUUCGGCAUCGACUUCGUUCAGUCCCUUAUUCUCCGUCCUUCUCCUGAUGUCUGGGCUGCUGACGACGAUGAAGAAGAAGAAGAAGAUGAUCAUCUUCUUCUCAAGGAGGAUGCCCGCAAAGUUCCCUGCGGACAGGCUCUUGAUUGCACUGCUCUAACUGCACCCCCUGCGCCAAAACUCUCUGUGGACCCAAUUAACGUUGUUUCUUCUCCUCCUCUCAAGCCUAAGGUGGUCGAUGAAAUCCCAUUUCCAACUUCUCUGACUGUUGAAGAAGAUGAGGAAAUUAUCAACUCUGUGGUGGCUGGAAAAACUCCAUCAUAUUCGCUCGAGUCUAAAUUGGGGGAUUGCAAGCGUGCUGCGGCAAUAAGGCGUGAGGUUCUACAGAGGAUUACUUCCAAGUCUUUGUCCGGGUUGCCUUUGGAGGGUUUUAAUUAUGAGUCGAUUUUGGGGCAGUGUUGCGAGAUGCCAAUUGGGUACGUCCAGAUUCCUGUAGGAAUUGCUGGACCUUUGUUGCUUGAUGAAAAGGAGUACUCCGUUCCAAUGGCUACAACUGAAGGCUGCUUGGUGGCUAGUACGAAUAGGGGUUGUAAGGCGAUUCAUUUGUCCGGUGGUGCUACAAGUGUGUUGUUGAGAGAUGCCAUGACUAGAGCACCUGUUGUUCGAUUUGGAACUGCUAAAAGAGCUGCUCAAUUGAAGCUCUACUUGGAGGAUCCUGCUAAUUUUGAGACUUUGUCCACGGCUUUUAACAAGUCUAGCAGAUUUGGCAGGCUUCAGAGCAUUAAGUGUGCUAUUGCUGGCAAGAAUCUUUACGUGAGAUUCUCCUGCAGCACUGGUGAUGCUAUGGGCAUGAACAUGGUUUCGAAAGGUGUUCAGAAUGUUUUGGACUUUCUCCAGAGUGAUUUCUCCGAUAUGGAUGUUCUUGGCAUCUCUGGAAACUACUGUUCUGAUAAGAAGCCUGCCGCUGUGAACUGGAUCGAAGGAAGAGGAAAGUCAGUAGUCUGUGAGGCCAUCAUCAAGGGUGAUGUGGUGAGGAAGGUUUUGAAAACUAACGUGGAGUCCUUGGUGGAGCUUAAUAUGCUCAAGAACCUUACUGGUUCUGCCAUGGCCGGAGCUCUCGGUGGCUUCAACGCUCAUGCCAGUAACAUUGUCAGUGCUAUCUAUAUUGCCACUGGCCAAGAUCCUGCACAGAACAUAGAGAGUUCUCACUGCAUUACCAUGAUGGAACCUCUUAAUGGUGGAGAGGAUCUUCAUGUCUCAGUCACUAUGCCUUCCAUUGAGGUUGGUACAGUUGGAGGAGGUACCCAGCUUGCAUCUCAGUCAGCAUGCUUGAACCUGCUCGGGGUGAAGGGUGCUAGCAAAGAGACACCGGGAGCGAACGCAAGGCUUCUGGCCUCCAUUGUAGCUGGUUCUGUCCUUGCUGGAGAGCUCUCCCUCAUGUCCGCCAUUGCAGCUGGACAACUCGUGAAUAGCCACAUGAAGUAUAACCGGUCAAACAAAGAUGUGUCCAAGGUUUCUUCCUAA